AUGAAAAGAGCCAGGUGAGGAGACACAGGCACAUCCCUCUACUCUCUUUCCCCUCCCCUCCCUCUUUCUCUCCCUCUCUCUCUCUCUCUGUGACGUGGUAUGUGUGUGUGUGUGUGUGUCUGCGUGUGUUUGCUGUGUGUGUGAACGGGAGAGAGAGAGCGAGAUAGAGAGACAGAGAGAGAGAGAGACAGAGAGAGACAGAGAGAGAAACAGGUCGGCUUUCCUUCAGCAUACUGUGAACCUGCAGAGGAGGCAGCAGCGCUCUCCAGACUGAGGAUUAUCUCUUCUUUCCCCAGAUACUUUCAACUGAAGGUCAAACUGGAGAGACGAGGUCACAAAAAGUUUCUACGUCUCCUCGGAAUCAGUGAAUUGUGUGCAGGGCAUCUACUGAGGGCAGAGCCUUUGCAGCUCCAGCAACGAUGAAAGACACCAACGCCUGAGCUUCUCAGCGACACCGUAUGACAGGGGAGGAUGGGUGAUGGGCCCAUGAAAUUCAGCAGACUCUCUCCUCCUCCUUAUGCCAUCCUCUCAUGGAGAAUUCUGUCACACCAAGCUCCUCCUGGAACACUUCUCUCUCGGGGCUCCACACAUUUCCAGCCUUACUGUAUCCAAACAACUCUAACGUGACCUUGCCCAUCAGAAGCAUCCAGGGUAGGAUAAAUCUGAACCAGUCCUUGGCACUAUGUGCUAUGCUCAUUAUGGAUGUGCUGGCAGUGGUAGGGAACUUGGCCGUGAUAAUUGUCAUCACCAAAACUCCACAGCUACGUAAAUUUGCUUUCGUUUUCCACCUCUGUGUGGUGGACCUGCUGGCAGCGCUGGUGUUGAUGCCUCUGGGGAUGGUAUCAGAUCGACUCCUGGUGGAUGAGGCGCUGUGCCGGAGCUACCUCUGCUUGAGUGUGUGUCUAGUAAGUGCUGCCAUCCUCACCAUCUGUGCCAUAAACGUGGAGCGCUACUACUACAUUGUCCAUCCGAUGCGUCAUGAGGUGAAGAUGACAGUGGCGGUGGUGGUAGCAGUAGUGGUGGGAAUCUGGAUUAAAGCCAUAGUCAUGUCCUUGAUACCUCUUGUGGGAUGGCUGCUCCAAGGGAACCAGAGUCUGGGGUCUCUCCUCAUUCCCGGGCAGAGACACUGCUCCCUCCACUGGACGGGAGGCAGGACCACACGCUUGCUUUUCAUGGUCUUUUUUACAUUUAUUUAUUUUCUAUGCCCCAUGAUGAUCAUUCUAGUGGUCUACUGUAACAUGUUCAAGGUGGCACGAGUAGCAGCCAUGCAGCACGGCCCCCUUCCCACCUGGAUGGACAUGCCGCGACAACGGUCUGAGUCCAACAGCAGCUACUCCACCAUGGAAGCCAGCCUCGGAGGAAGUUGUGCCCGUGCCACGCCUCAGAGGACCUUUAGUGGUGGGAAAGCUGCAGCUGUUUUGGUGGCAGUGGGAGGCCAGUUCCUCUGCUGUUGGCUGCCAUAUUUCUCCUUCCAUCUCUAUUCAGCUGUGGUUUCAACAUCUCCGACCUCAUUAGCCCAAAUGGAGGAUGUGGUCACAUGGAUUGGCUACUUCUGCUUCACCUCCAACCCCUUCUUCUAUGGCUGCCUGAACCGGCAGAUUCGCGAAGAGCUGACCCGCCACCUAGCCUGUUUCUUCAAGCGGGCUGGGCCGAUUGAAGGGGAGCAGCUGCCCAGCCGCGAGGCCUCUAUUGAGGAGAACUUUUUGCAGUUCCUUCAGGGCACCGCAUGCAAUCUGGAGCCCUGCAACUCUAACAGCAGAGACAGCCCAGAGGAGCCAGAGACUGAGGCCAUUUAUGACUCAGCUGUUCAGCAGAACAUGCCAGCUGACUUCCAUAUCCCGGGACAGAUCCUUGAGGCAACCUCAGAAUUCCUUCAACAGCAACAUCUGAACAAUGAUCUACAUGGGUCAGAGAAUGAGAACUGCUGCAAAACUGUACCAGAGGUGUAGCUGCCUCAUAUGUACCAUCUCCUCUGCCAUUCAGUGAUCAAAGAAAUAUAUUUAUUUUUAUUCAUAUUUUCCAUAAUGUGCUGAAUAACACAUCUUUGUUCAUACUAAAACAGCGCUUUUAACCACAAAAUACGGUAUCUUCUCUGAAGAAAAUGGAAGUUAUAUAAAGUUACAUGUAUAGCUUAUAUGAAAGCUAUAAGUCCGGAGGCUUUUCAGAGAAGGACACAGCUGGAUAUAUUGUGUGCAUAAUCUCCUUCAAAUCCCUGUGACCAAGAUGCAGCAGCAUUACAUUACAUUACAUGUUUCCUAGAGCUAUACAGUGUGAGGCUGUUUUCUGUGUAAUGUCAUCAGAUGGAUACUAAACCCUUGUGUUAACCACAGUGCAGUUAAGUGACAAAGAGCUAAUAGAUAUAACAAAGUGCUGGGACUCCAAGAGAGCAAAUCCUUAGGGGCAACACAGUUUUCACAG